UUUCAAACAAUAAAUAAAUAUUAUUAUUACAUUUUACAAUUAGAAUAAUGUUACUUUAUAUAAGUUUACUAAAUUAAGUCACGCCUAGAUCACAUAUUGCUUAUUAUUAAAUCUUGAAACACAGAAAUUUAAUGAUUAAGACAGAAAGUAUAAAAUCAAGAAUACAAAUUUCGUUUUGCAAAAAUGUCAGAGAAGCAGAAAACGCUGGUUUGUGGCGAUGUCAAUGGAAACUUUAAUAUAUUAUUUUCCCGCGUUGACUCAAUAGUGAAAAAAUCUGGAUCUUUCGAGCUACUUCUGUGUGUGGGAAACUUCUUUGGUUCAGAUAAUUCCCAGUUAGAUGCUUAUCGUAUGGGAACAAGAAAAGUACCUGUAACAACUUAUGUGUUCGGUCCGUCAAAUAGUGAACAUGUGCCGUACUACUGUGAUGAGGGAUCAGAAAUAGUUCCAAAUGUAAUUUACAUGGGCAGAAGAGGUAUUUUUACUACUAGUUCUGAUGUCAAAAUAGCUUACUUAACUGGCCUGUCUCGUCGGGAACUUGGUAAAGAUAUACAAAAUUGUACAUUUGAACCGAGUGACUGCAGUGCAGUCCGGGAUGCUUGUUUUAGAGCACAAAGUGAGUACCGAGGUGUUGACAUGUUAAUUACCACACUCUGGCCAGCAGGAAUACAGGAAGACGACUGUCAGAAGGCAGAAGUGGAGCCAGAGAGAUUGUCAGAUUUAAUAUCUUGGCUUUCAAUCCACGUUAAGCCAAGAUAUCACUUUGCACCAUCAUCAGAAAAAUAUUUUGAAAGGCAACCUUAUCGAAAUCAAAGUGUUCAUCAAGACUAUAAAGAGUGUGCAACAAGGUUUAUUGCAUUAGCUCCAGUUGGAAACAAAACGAAGGAGAAGUGGAUAUAUGCCUGUUCCCUUCAACCCAUAACUAAGAUGAGGAUGACGGACCUCCUUCAAAGCACCACAGAUGAAACUGCAUGUCCUUAUAAUCCAGAUUUAUUGAAUCAACAUCAGCCGGGGAAAGUUGUUAGGGUAUCCGGAAAUGGUCAGUUCUUUUUCAAUAUGGAUGCUGCAGACGAUGACCACGGCAAGAGGAAAAGGAAAGGUGGUGACAAUCCAGAACGAAAAAGAAAAGAAUUCGAUCCAGAUACAUGCUGGUUCUGCUUGUCGUCUCCAACGGUGGAGAAGCACCUGGUGAUCAGUGUGGGCAGCCACUGCUACCUCGCACUACCCAAGGGUCCGCUCACGCCCUUACAUGUGCUCAUACUGCCCAUUGCGCACCAUCAAUCCGUUACCAAGGCUCCCGAUGAAGUUGUGGAUGAAAUAGACAAAUUUAAAGAAACCCUGAAGAAGUUUUACGCCUCGAUGGACAAGCUCGUAGUGUUCUUCGAGAGGAACUACCGCACGUCCCACAUGCAGAUACAGUGCGUACCCGUCCCGCCAGCCUGCAGCGACCAGUUACUGGAAGUCUUCCAGGACGAGGCGGGGCUGCACAGCGUGUCGCUGGAGGUGCUGCCGCCCUACACGCGCGUGUCGCAGGUGGCGCUGGCGGGCGCGCCCUACUUCCACGCCGAGCUGCCCACCGCAGACCAGCUGUACGUGCGCACCCGCCAGCACUUCCCGCUGCAGUUCGGCAGGGACGUAUUAUCUAGUCCUCCGAUAUUAAAUUGCGAGGACAAAGCUGACUGGAGGCAGUGCCUGCUGAGUCGGGAGGAAGAGGACUCGCUGGUGGCCGUGUUUAGGGAAAAGUUUAAACCAUUCGACUUCACAGCGGAUACCAGUGACAGUGAUAGUGAUUAAAAUGAAGCAAUUGUAAA